AUGUCAAUAAUUGUGCCUAAAGUUAAUACACGUCGCAACUUUUGCAACAUAUUUGUUUGUGUACUUGGCAUUUAUGUGAGCAGCGCCAAUAAAAAUAAUAUCGUUAAAGUGAAAUUUUGUCGAUUGAGUAUAGCUGUUCGAACUGGUCAUUACAAAGUAACAAUGAAAUUAAGUGAUAUACACAAAUAUUUCAAUGAUUUACAUUUCGGGACGGCUUUAUCAAUUGGAAACCCGUCGAUUUCCGUAGCAAUGCCAGUACGGUUGACACUAACUCGUUUUGCAUGCGAACAGACACUGUUAAAUACGUUGGGUAUUUAUGCAGAUUCAUCAGGUGGCGGCGCAAGUGCCUAUAUUAAUUGUCAAACAGCUGCAACUAGUUGUACAGGAUCUGCUUGGGCUGGUGAAAUCAAAAUGUCAUCGGGUGCGGUGACUAGAUCUCUACCUCUGAUUCGUGUCAUCGAAGGUCAAGUAGCUGUCAGUUCGGUUCCAUUACAAAUGCUAAUUUGUACAUAUCAACCGGCACCUGGAGCUUGCAGCACUAAACCUAAAAUUAUUGGCUCAGCUUCGCCAUUAGGUACUGUUUUCUCGAAUCAAUCCUUAUUUAGUAUUCAAGCGGCAAGUGCUGUCUAUCGCUCUAGUCGAAAUGGAUCUCCAGAAUCAGAUCCCAUUACAAAUACAAGCUAUUGGAAUUUUAAUAUUUGGGAUCCAUCAGUAACAAGUACUCAGACUACAACAACAGCUCCACCAACUACUGGUACAAUAACAACGCGAGUAAGCCCAGAACCUGUUCUUACAAAACAUGUGGAUUAUGUAACGCAGACCACGCCAACAACGACAGUUACUGAAAUGUAUAUUUGGCCACCAAAGCCAUUUGAAGAAUAUUGUAAACAACCUGUUGCAAUAACAUCUGCUGCAUGCAUGCUGGUGAUGAAUGUAAUAAACAUGAUAGGAAUGUUUACUUCUUUUUACAAAGCGUAUGAAUGCAAAAGUACGACAUCGACAGCAUUUGACUCGUAUGCAUCACUAGUGUUAAAAAUGACGCGUAUAAAAUGUUGA